UCUUCCGUUCUUAAAGCAUAAGAUGACGACGUCUCGAACAGUACCGUCAUUGCCUGAGGAAGUGGGAAUGGGAGACGGCGAAGAAGGGAUGGUGGUGCUGCGGCUGCCGGUAAAAGACCCCACCUUCGACCUGGCCAACGCGGUAUGCAACCACGGCCUGUUCAUGAUGGCCCCCAAUGGCUGGGACCCGGACACAGCAUCCCUCCGCCGCCCCCUACACCUCUCCUCUUCUUCCGCGUCUCUCUGUGUCCGCGUCUCCCAACCCUCUCCUCAUCCCGACCACCUCCUGGUUUCCGUAUAUUGCACUACCUUCCUCUCGUCGCAAGAUCAAGACGCCAUCCUCUCACAAGUUCAGAGGAUGCUAAGGAUGUCAAACGAGAAUGACAGGAUGAUCAAGGAGUUCCAUACGAUUCACGCGGCUGCAAAGGAGAGGGGUUUUGGGCGCAUAUUCCGUUCUCCGACCCUCUUUGAGGACAUGGUCAAGUGCAUUCUGCUCUGUAACUGCCGGUGGCCAAGAACUCUGUCAAUGGCAAAAGCCCUCUGUGAGCUUCAACUAGAAUUGAAGUGUUGCACAAUAUCCAGAGACUUGUAUCCAAAGACACCUCAAUUAAGAGAUUUCAAAAGAAAACGUCAGAAUACCACGGAUGUCAUUGCCAAAUCAGAUGACAAAUCUCAAGAGAAUGGAAGUAAUUUGGCACAAAAGGCAAUGUCAUUUUUCCACCAUUCCAAUCACUCUAACAAUUCUCAAAGGAUGGAAACAUCCACUGUUGGAGAAACUGAUAGUAUCUAUGAUUUUGAGGGACUACCAAUUAUUAACAAACUGGAUGCUUCCAGCCCAGUUUGUCAGUUAUCAUCAGGAAUUUUAUGCCUGCCAAAUACACAAGGAAAUUUUCCUAGUCCUGAAGAACUGGCAAAUGUUGAUGUCAAUUAUCUGGCUAGCCGCUGCAAACUUGGAUAUCGAUCACAGUGGAUUGUGUCACUUGCUCAAGACAUUGUUGAACACAAGAUACAGUUCAGCAAGCUUGAAGAAAUUUGUAAUGGAUCUACGCUUUACAGCUAUGAUGAACUUGACAAAGAGCUUUCUGGCAUACAUGGAUUUGGUCCUUUUACACGUGCAAAUAUCCUGAUGUGCAUGGGAUUUUACCACAAGAUACCAUCUGAUUCAGAAACCAUAAGGCAUUUAAAACAGUUUCAUUCAAUAAAGAAUUGCACGGUUCGUUCUUCGAGGAAGAAUUUAGAGGCGAUCUAUGGGAAAUUUGCACCAUUCCAAUUCUUGGCAUAUUGGUUUGAAAUGUGGACCUGCUAUGAGGAAAUAUUUGGGAAGAUGACACAAAUGCCACCAUCUAAAUAUCAAAUAGUUACUGGAAUCAAUAUGAAGGUCUCAGAGAUCAAAAAGUAGGAUCGACAGUCAGAUCUGUUGCAUUUUGGUUAAUAGUGUACUCGACGUUUUAGUUGAAAAUUUUGUGAGUCCGAUAUUGAAGUGGGUUCUCUUGUUCUUUU